GAGCACUAAUAAAUAUAGAUUGUGAAGAGAAAAAAUGAAACCGAGAGAAAAAAAAAAACGAAAAAAUCGAGACCUAAAAGAGAUGAACUGGACUUCAUAAUUUAUUCAUAAACCAAUCAAUCUACCUCAAAAAAAAAAAAAAAAAAUAAUAAUAAUAACAGACUAAAAGGCCGAUGCAUGCGCGAAUCCGCCUACACGAACGCUCCAUCCACGAACGCCCCGCCAGAGUAAACCCCCCAAGAAAGCAGAGGAAAUGUUAUUAACGUUUUUAUCGUCUGCGUGAAUUUGUGGGUCGGUUUUGCGAUGGAAUUACACCCUCUUGUGGCGAGUUAUCAUGCAGUGCCUGGUUAUUGGGGAUCCAGUAUCACCAGUAACUUGAAAUCUGCCCGUUUGGAGGAUGUCUAACAGCCAUGGCAAAUGUAGCCUUUGGAAGAAACAAGAGUGAUAUUGUUAGGACCGCCAGUCAUCAUGGCAACAACCACACGGGGAAACAACACUACCGCCCAUGGUAAUGUUGGCUGCAGUGACGGGAGUGCCAAUGGCAAUGGAAGCAACAAGCAAGAGCGGGUCGUAUGUGAUAAUUCUGUUGUUCCUCCUGUAUGUGAGGCGGGCAGGGUGGGUUCCGAAGGUGGCAGGGGAGUUGGCAACCUUACAUCCACUUACCAAGCCCACAGACAAGUGGCAGGGGGAUGCAGAAGUGCGGCUGCAGCGCAGACUACUUACCAUCAUGGAGGAGGAGAAGCGGGAGGGGGCCCAAGUAGUAAUGGGGGAGUGGCUGUGUCCUCUGCCUAUCAUGCAGGAAAUGGCAGCAACCCAGUGCAGGAAGGAGAUACAGCAGGGGCAGAUGGUGCUGGAGGUGCUUCUGCAGGAGGAGGAGGAGGAGGAGGUGGUUCCUCAGCAAUUCCGACCACUUACAACGAAGGAGGAGGGGGAGGGGGAGGUGGGAACGUGACAAUCGCUGCCAGUGGGAGCGGCGUUACGAAUAACACGUCCUCAAGCUACCACCUGGCUCACGGAGGAGGAACAGGAGCAGUAGCAGGAGCAGGUGCAGCAGUAGGAGGAACCAGCACAGGGAAUGGAACCUCAACUGGGCAGGUUAAUGCCACAACCAGUUACUAUUACACACCCAUAUUGAACUCUCAGCAGACCCUCCUUAGGCCAAUCAUGACAGCACAGCCGCCUCUCUACUCUCCCCUUCUUCCACCUCAGCAACAUACUUAUGCCAUGCCCCAUGCAUCGCCCUCAGCUGGAUCUACAUAUUUUGCAAACCUGAGUGAGAGCAUGCGAGGGGGGUUAAGUGACAUGAUCCCAGGAUCAUCAGACAGCCUCUACAAGGAAGUGGGGCAUCUGGGAAGACAAGGCCAGGGAACAGGCAUCACCCACUCCUCAAAGCCUUGUGAUGCCUCUGCUGACCCUCGGCAGUACGCCAUGGAGGUGUGCCAGCGGAGAUUACCUCAGGAGGGAGUUUACAACAGUGGGUCUUACCCAUCAUGCAGUGGGGAAGUGACAAGGCCCAACCACACUACUCACCAUGAGCAGAGGACAGCAGCCUAUGAGGACUACUCACGGAUGGGGGUUUAUACGGAGGAUGGCAGCAGCAGGGGGUGGGAUGGGAUGGGAAAUUGUGGCACAUCUCGCUCAGCCACUGCUACCAACCAUACUUCCCACCCCUACACAUAUUCCUAUACUGACUGUCGUCUGGAUGCAGCCUGGAACAAAUGUGUGGCUGGAAUGGGCAUUGGGGGACCCAUGGCUGGACCCAGUGGAGAGAAUUUCCCCUCACAGGAGCACCAGGUGGACUCCCCUCAGGUGAAGACCACAGCACGGGGUGCCGCCAGCCACACCCUGGCAGUUAAUGUCAAUAUGGGGAUGCCUUCUGGGGAUCCAUCAAUGUCCCGCUCCCACUACGAUUACCAGGCCUUGCCAGGGGCUCAGAUUCCACCCUUCCUACCCUAUCUCACACCUUUGAACUAUCAGCAAGUAACUGAUGUUGUUGAUAGGCGGGUGGAAACACGUACUGAUCACAGAGCUGUAAAUCGUUCAGAUGUGCAGAACUGUGCUGGACAAGGAACUUCAACAAAUUCACGUCAUCUUGAACAGGCUGCAGCCCCAUCAGAGAAGCAUGUGGUCCACUCUAUACCACCAUCAGGCAAUGUAGCUCCACCAAUGUCUCAUACUCAGCCCACAGACACUCAGAGAAGUGUCAGUGGCCACAUCAAUACAUCAGCCAGCACCCACAACACACACCAGGAAUGUCUUGGGCAAAACAAGAACAUCGUGGUUGACCAAGUGCAGUCAUGCACUCAUAUGAAUCUCAAGAAGAAAACCUCGGAAGCUGGUACUGACAACCAGCACUGUGGCUCAUGCAGUGGAGGAUCUACCAUAGCAGAGACCCAGCAGGGAACCAUCAGUAAUGCGAGCAUGAUCGGCAGUGGCGUUCUUGUUGUCCCAGCAGAAGGAGUGAUACCAUGUCCCAUUGAGUCAUUGGUCGCUGCUGUAGCCAAGAAUGAACCAUCAACCUCCUUCAAAAAGAAACGUACAGAAGAGGAGGAUUCUAUGACUAGUGGAGGCGAGGGACUAGUAUGUCUGGUUUGCGACCUUGUCAUAGAGGGAACAGGCAGCCAACAUGAUGGGGGGCAGAGAGCGGCAACAGCAUGUGAGGAAACAGUUGCUGCUUGCUCCAUCGACUCUCUGGCAACAGUGAUGUCCAAAGUAAGUGUGGGAGACAAACUUGGCAGUUUAGUGGGCACUGUGCUGCCUCGUCACCUGUUGCACUCCACGGCUAUCUGCAGCAAGUGCUUCCAUCUUAUCAAUGAAUUGGAAAUUCUGGAACACCGACUGUCUUUGUAUAGGAAAUAUCUCAGCACAAAAGUUGAAGCAUCCUGCGAAAAGCAUGGUGUCAGGCUUAGUACAUACAGGCAGCUACAACAGCAACAACAACAAGAACACCAGCAACAACAUCAGCAGCAACAUCACCAUCAUCACCACCAUCACCACCAUCAGCAUCAACAACAGCAACAACAACAGCAACAACAACAACAGCAACAACAACAGCAACAACAACAACAGCAACAACAACAGCAA